GAGUGUAUGAGUGCGUGGGGGCACUGGAGGUGGGGGGGGGGACACCCGCAAAACGGAUACCUCAAAAAGGAAGGAUGUGAAAAAGGAUGGAGGGACGCAGGAAAAGAGGGGGACAGGCUGGUGAAAAACAGCACCCUCUCUUAGUGUGAUAUAUAUCUGCCUCCCCCCCUCGGCAGGUUGCCAUGGUCGCCAUACCUACUCUCCUAUUGGUCCUGGCAGAGUGGGCAGGUCUGGUGGACACCUCCCCCCACCUCCUGCUCAGGCCCAGCCCGCGGGAACGCGAUGCAGGGGCCAUGAUGAACUUCAACAUUGCUGUGAUCCAUGCCGGUGCUACAGUGCAAGCAGAGGCAGCAGUGGCGGGGCCUGGGGGAAGGGUGCUCUACCCCGGUUUUGGCCGGGUAUAUGGCUCCCUGGGGGAGAGUGUGGUCACCCAGUGGGGCUCUGCUAACGUCAUCUGGCUACAGGUGAAUGACAGUAGUCCUAAGACGGCGCUGUCCCAGCUGUGUGAGCUGCUGGCGGCGCGGCCCCUGCAGGGUCUGGUUUAUGAAGAGGAGAGGCCACCUCGCACAGCCUGGGGUCCUUUAGCCCCCAUGCUGGAGUUUGUCUCUGCGCAAACGGGACUGCCAAUAGUGGCUGUAGGAGGGGGAGCAGGGCUGGGGAGGAUGCCACAGGAAUCAGGUUCCAUCUUUCUCCAGUUCAGCUCCUCCACUGCCCUCCAGUUAGAGGUCAUCUUUGAGGUUCUGGAGGAAUAUGAUUGGACCGCCUUUUCUGUGGUGUCCACACGUCACCACGGCUACCAGGAUUUCCUGUCUGUAGUAGAAGGCCUGACGGACGGUUCGUUCAUCGGCUGGGAGAAGAAGAGUGUGGUGAUCCUCAACGUGACCGAUGACCCUGGGGGGGCACGCACGCGCCGGCUGCUGAAAGAGAACGAGGCGCAGGUACGUUUGCUGUACUGCUCCCAGGAGGAAGCUGAGCUGGUUUUCCGAGCUGCUUGGGCCGCAGGUCAGGCCGGAGCCUCACACAUGUGGUUUGCUGUGGGACCAGCUCUCUCAGGUUUGGGGAUGGACAGCCUGCCCCGGGCUCUGUUUGCAGUGCGGCCCCAGGGCUGGAGGGACGAGCCUCGACGAAGGAUUGCUCGGGGUGUGUCUGUGCUGACUCAUGGGGCAGUGGCAAUGCGCAAGGAAUACGGAACCACGGGUGGGCCGAACUUUGUCACCAACUGCAUGACAGAUGCCAAUCAGACCCAGAGACUUCAGGGCAGAAUGAGGUAUUUCAGCAACAUCACACUUGGUGGUCGAGACUACUCCUUCAAUAGUGAUGGUUACCUGGCUAACCCCUUCCUGGAUGUAAUUUCCUGGACAUCUGGACGUGGAUGGGAAGAUGUAGGCUGGUGGGAAAAUGGUGUGCUGAGGCUUCGAUACCCAGCUUGGUCCCGCUAUGGGCCGUUCCUUAAACCACCUGAUGAUGCCCAGCACCUACGCGUUGUCACACUAGAAGAAAGGCCUUUUGUCAUUGUGGAGCUGGCAGAUCCUGCAUCUGGGACCUGCAUCCGAGACUCAGUGCCAUGCCGACGACCCCUUAAUGCGAGCACCAUCCAUGAGGGCAUGGUUCCCAUGAAGCAGUGCUGUAAAGGCUUCUGCAUUGACAUCCUCAAGAGAUUAGCCAAGAUUGUUGGCUUCACCUAUGACCUUUACUUAGUGACCAAUGGGAAGCAUGGGAAAAAAAUUGAUGGAGUCUGGAAUGGCAUGAUUGGGGAGGUAGUAUACAAGCGAGCAGACAUGGCUAUUGGCUCACUGACUAUCAACGAGGAGAGGUCAGAGGUUGUGGAUUUCUCUGUCCCUUUUGUGGAGACUGGGAUCAGUGUCAUGGUCUCCCGUAGCAAUGGAACUGUUUCACCAUCUGCUUUCUUAGAGCCCUACAGUCCAGCGGUGUGGGUGAUGAUGUUUGUCAUGUGCCUGACCGUGGUGGCUGUGACUGUCUUCAUAUUUGAGUUCUUCAGCCCUGUGGGCUACAACCGCAGUCUCCAAACUGGCAAGAAGUCGGGGGGAUCUACUUUCACUAUAGGAAAGUCAGUAUGGCUUUUGUGGGCUAUUGUCUUCAACAACUCUGUGCCAGUGGAGAACCCUAGAGGAACCACCAGCAAGAUCAUGGUGUUGAUCUGGGCCUUCUUUGCCGUCAUAUUUCUGGCCUCCUACACUGCUAACCUUGCUGCUUUCAUGAUCCAGGAGGAAUACAUUGACACAGUGUCAGGCCUCUCGGACAANNAGUUUCAGCAUCCCGAGGUGCAGUACCCACCUUUGAAGUUUGGCACGGUGCCCAAUGGGAGCACAGAAAAAAAUAUCCGCUCCAACUACCCAGACAUGCACCAGUACAUGGGCAACUACAACCAGAAAGGAGUGGAGGAUGCCAUAAUCAACCUCAAGACCGGAAAACUGGAUGCUUUUAUUUAUGAUGCUGCAGUACUGAACUAUAUGGCCAGGAAGGACGAAGGUUGUAAGGUGAUGACCAUAGGCUCGGGGAAGGUUUUUGCCACCACAGGCUACGGUAUCGCCCUGCACAAAAACUCACGCUGGAAACGUCCUCUUGACUUGGCCCUACUGCAGCUGGUGGGAGAUGAUGAGAUUGAGAUGCUGGAGCGCCUCUGGCUGUCAGGCAUCUGCCAUAAUGACAAAAUUGAGGUGAUGAGUAGUAAACUGGAUAUUGACAACAUGGCCGGGGUCUUCUACAUGCUUCUGGUGGCUAUGGGCCUCAGUCUGCUGGUGUUUGCUUGGGAACACUUGGUCUACUGGAAGCUGCGCCACUGCAUGGCGACCAGUUCUGGCAAAUUGGACUUUCUGCUGGCAAUCAGCAGGGGCAUGUAUAGCUGCUGUAGCUUUGAGGAUGAAACAGCACCAGGUGGAGUCAAAUCUUUGCCUACUCAUCAUCACACUGCAAUGGUUACAGUCCCGUCUCAGGCACAUGUCGUCUCUACGUCUAUGACCAACCCAGCCAUUGCCAUAGCACAACAGCAGCAACCACCGCAACAGCAGCAACCACAGCCUGUCUACAAAACCCCUCUACCGGGCUCUCCUCCCACCGUGAUGCAUUCUGGAACAGCACUGGGUCCGCCCAACACCCCAGUUGCUGGUGCUCCCCUCCCUUGCUCCACCUUCUUGCCCCGGCCAGACCGUAGAUUGGCUGUGGUGGAUCGCUGGAGGCUGCCAAAAUCUGCUACAGCCACCAACCCUAUGGCUGUAAGGGGGGCCAUCACUGACAUGGGACCCUUUGCUCAGAAAGUCCCACCAAACUGGGCUUCAAAUGCUGGAGGGGCUGGGGGACUUGAUGGCUAUAAAAGAUAUUAUGGUCCCAUUGACCCUGAGGGACUAGGGCCCUGCAUGGAGCAGCAGGCAGGGUCCCAGACCCCCAAGACUAUGCCCAGGGGCCACCCUCAGCCCCCUCCGGCCAGUGUCGCCUUCUACUCAGAGAAGGGCAUGGACCUCGGGAUGGGGAAGAGGGUGGUGGGAGGUAGCAGUGGAGGUCAGGGGAAAGGGGCCGUUAAAUCUCUGGGCACUCCCAGACUGCCUCCUAAGAGUCAGGCCCCUCUUCCUCCUACACCCCCACUGCCACAUCCCUCUCCCCUUCUCCCUUCAUCCUUCUGGAGGAAGCGCAGGCCUAAGAAGCCCAAAGAGCCCGGAGGGCCACUGUAUGAGAACAUUCUGCCCCUGGGGAGGAGGGGAGGAGCACGAGAGGGAGUGAGGGAGGGAGGAGGGAGGAGGGCACGCCCCCACUCUCCCCCACUCUCACUUCCUGUGCCAGUACCCCUCAGCCCCUCCUACACCCCUCCUUCUCCCUCUGCAUCCUUGCACUAUAUGUCCUCAUCCUCCACAUCUACCACCUCAUCCACAUCCACGUCCUCAUCUGCCUCAUCUUCUCGCUCAACGUCUCCAACAUACUCUUACAGCUCCUCCAGGAGCAGGAGGACUGGAGGAAUGGAUGGAGAGGAUGAUGAUGAUGAUGAGGAGGAGUUGACAGAAGAGUCGAGCCUCCUUCUUGGCAGGGGGAGGGAAAGGGAGCGUUCAAUCAUCCACCCUCGUUCCCUCAGUCAUGGGCGCCUGCCACCACCCGUACCACCAAGGAAACCACGGACAUCCUGGGGUGACCGAGAAAUGGAAAGAGAAAGGGAGAGGGGAGGGAGCCAACUGUCUCAGCUCCAAGAGUGGUGGGCAAGCUGGAGUGAGAGAGAGAGGAGUGGAGAUACUGAGAGGCAAAAAAGAGAAAAGAAGAGGAGAAAGGAGAAAGAGAAGAAGAAAAAGAAAAAGAACAAAAAGAGGAAAAAGAGGGAAAAGAAGAAGAAAGCACUAAAGACAAAGAAAAGGAAGAAAUCAACUGGGGGAAAACAUUCUGAGCCAGAGGAAGGAGAUGUAGAGCCAGAUAGGGAAGGAGAUGCAGAGGGAGAGAGGGAGGGAGGAAUACAAGACUACUCUUCCUUCUCUGCUCAGUAUCGCAGCACAUUUGGGGAGAAAGGAAGGGAUUCAUGGGAAGGAGAAAGGGAGAGAGGCAGGAGAGAAGAAGGUGAUGAGGGCAAUGAGAGGGAAGAGGGUGACAGCAGCAGAAGCAGAGAGAGACAUCACAAAUCGUCACGCUCCCAGUCCAGACAUCGUGCCCCCAGUAAGCGCUACCCUAACCUCAACAAACUCCCUGCAUCAGUCAAAUUUUGGGUCAAUGGCAGAGGAGAUGAUUCUGCUACUCCUCCAACAUCUCUCCACCAGCUCCUCCCAUCGUCCAAGCGGAGGAGAAGUGUAGAAAUGGAUAGAGAAGAUAGUGGUAGAGAAGAGGAGGAGAGAGUGAGGGACCAGGAAGAGAGGGCAAGGAGAGCAGGAAGGGGGGCAGUGUCUGAGUCAGAGAGGGAUAGGGCCAGGGUAGAGGACAGUUACUCAGAUGAGGGUUCUUCAGGGGAGUUUGGUCGUUUUGAAAGGUACUGGGAGGGAGGUACAGGAGGAAGCAGCACUGGAAUAGGAGGCAUAGGAGGAGGGGGCUGGUUCUUUGGCACCUAUCCAUCGAGAGAGAAAGGGGGCAGUAUCAACAGUCGGGAUGAUUCCUUAUUAGGAACCCGGGCAGAAGGAUGGAUUGGUGCUGAUUUUUGGAGUUCUGGACCAGGUGCAGGUUUGGGAUCAGGUGGAGGGAGUGGAGGGCUUGGCUUACAAUGGCCACCACCUCCUGCAGCCUUCCCUCCACCUAGAAGAUACUGGUCUAUGGACAAGAUCCCUGUGAAGGGAGAGAGGAAAUGGAAGAGUGGAAGUGGGAGGAGUAAGGAAAGAGCUAGGGACAGAGGGGAAGAAGGAGGACGGGCCACCAAGUGUUCCUGUAGCCUUUACCCCCAACCCCACCCUUAUCCACAUCCUCACAGCCGCUCUCACACCUCACACUCCAAGAGAGGAGCUACAGCACUUUCCCACAGUCAGGAAGAGCUUCUCCCCCACUGCCACAGCUUCAGCGGGGGCUCUCACCCCAAACCUCUGCCUCCCAAACCAGAUUCCAGUCAAGCCAAAUCUGGCAGCCAAUCUAACCUCAGCCUCAGCACGCAGCCCGCAGACCAUCCACCUCAGCCUUCACCGUCACCACCCCAGCAGCAGUCAAUGUCUCCUACCUCCCUCCCAAUGCCCAUCCCCCCUCCGCCUUCCUCAUCCUCCGUCUCACCACCAGCAGGGGUAGGAAUGGCAGGCCAGGGCCAGGCUCAGGCUUCGGCCAGUGCCAAACUCCAGUAUCAGAGACUGCGCUCAGUGCCACAGCCACGGAGAUUUUACUCCCCCCACCUGCCACUCAAAGCCAAGAGCCUAUGUUCACGCAGAGGGUCGGCCCACUUCUCCAGCCUGGAGAGCGAGGUAUGA